AUGGUCGCCAUUAAACAACUAGGCGUCGCUGCUGCUGCUGUGCUCGGGUUAGCUGGCCAGGGGCUCACCUUGGGAUUCGACGGAGUGGUCGACGAUAUCGAACUGGCAGAGAGAGCCGAGUUGGAUAUCGGAGCCCGUGGGUUUCCUCCCUCGCGACCCGUGCACGGGUUUGGGAGAAGAGCCGGCUCCAAUAUUUUGACUCGGCCAAGAGACCGUGCAACUCGGCGUGGUGGUCACGUAACGAGUAGUUACAGCCACCGGCCGCGAGAAACCGAACCUCACAGCCGCAGCCACAGGUUUCUCGGCAGUAAAAAACGGCGAGGAGGCUUGAAGCUCCGUUCCGAACCCUCGACCCCCAAGGGGAAGGGCAAGCCUCCUCCAUCACCUAAGGCUAGCCCCAAGAAAAAAGACACCCAGGAUCAUUUAACUGCACUUAACGCGCUUUCUAUCGGUCGUAGAAUUGGCCUCAGAAGACGCUCCGAGCCUUCGACUCCCAAGGGCAAGGGCAGGCCUCCCCCAUCGCCCAAGGCCAGCCCCAAGAAGAAGGACAGCCAGGAUGCUUUGACUGCACUUAACGCGCUCUCCAUUGGUCGCAGAAUCGGCUAA